ACAUACACACAUGCUCCGCAAGGCUGUUCUCAGGCUGAGAGGAAAAGAGGGGAGCGGAGGAGACGACAGCACGUUCGCUGACUUUUAUUUUCAGCCUUUUUUCUCUCUUUGCAUCUCACCCCGUCUCUCUCAUUCCUCUGGUCUCAUUGUUGUCCCAGGUGGUGACAGACAGGAAAAACAGAGACACUGAGCGAGGCCGAAGAGGGACAGAGGGGUCCAUCAAACCCUGCACAGGAGCGGAGAUUUCAGAUCUUGAUACCUGUUUCCCACAGAAGACACACUGAGACACACAUAAGUGGAGUUAACGGGCCUUAGCUCCCAGGACCAACCUCCAGGAUGUCCCGGAGGAGGUCUACAGGCGACCUGGUGCCCAGGGACAUCACUGAGAUCUUAGCCCGGGAGGCGAGGGCUCAGCGUGGGCAGAGGAAGCCGGGAAGCUCCCUGGGGCAGGCCUUCAGCUGGUUAAAGGGGAGUCGAAGGAAGAAGAGCAUCGGCAAUGGACUGAACCGAACGGGUACUGGUGUGACGGAUGCCAAACUGGGACUUCAGAACCAUGACACUGCAAAAGCUGGACCAAAGGGUAAUGAAGACCAGAAGAGGUUGGCGGUCCACUACACGACCUCGCAGCACCUCCAGGAGAAUGUUUUCAUUGAGGGCAGCCGGCCACAGUACCUGGAAGACCUGCACACUGAGGCUCAGGAGGGUCUGAAGAUACUACAGCAGGAAGAAUACAAAAAUGGAGUGAACUUUCCUGACGAUGAAAGCAUUGCUUCCUCAGACACCCUCCGUCCAGAGCAGGAUAUCAGCUCCAAGGACGGAGGUGGCUCUCCGGAGCCGAGAUCCACCACAGGGAAUACUGAUGUCACAGUAACCCUGUCUGUGUCGACAAGGCCUGUUCUCAGCCGCCCAGGUUCUACAUUCAAGCCCCCGAAUCCAGUGAAAAGGUUAGAUAAGAGCAGGAAGAGGAGCAGGAGGACCACCAUCAUGGGUAUUCCCAACCAGGUCCAGAAAGAGCUUGCACUGCACAGAAGCUCCACCUUCCAGCCACUUGUUUCUAUCCAGCUCUCUAAUCACGAUGGACAGGUCACUGACAGCCAGUCUGGUGUAGUUAUCAUUCCUACGGUUGAUGGAGGGACUCCGGCAGUAAAUAAAGAGGGAGCGAGAGUGCACCUUUCAGAGCUGGAGGCAUCCAGAGAUGAACAUCUGCUUAGGAAGCACCUCCAGGCAAUGUACCAGGAUGAGCAAUCCCUCAACCACCAAGGCUUUGGCUCCCAUCCCUGCCCCACCUCCACCCUCAGACCCAAGUCUCUUGCAGUACCAGGCAUGACCACUUCCUCCUCCUUCUGUCCUACAACAAUGUUUAGCUUCCUCCAGGAGCCCCCGGGCCCAGUGAUGUCCAUAUCUCCUCAGGCCACUUACUUGUCUACAAUCAUCCCUAAUGCGGUCUUGCCAGCCUCUAUUGAAGUCAUAGAGAUAGACCGCAGCAGUAGCCGGACUCGUGGCAGCAGUGUCAACCAUGGCGGCAGUGUCCGCACUGUAAGCAAAAGCAGCCUGGCAUCCGGGGACUCAUCAGUCAGCCCUUUGUUGUCCAGAAGAUCAGAUGGUGACGGUUCCCAGACUGACCAUUCCCACAAUGACUCCACACCAAUGCCCACGUCGGCUUCAGGGUCAAACUGGAGCGAGUCACAGUCUUCAAAGACUAUUAUUUCAAACUCCUCCCCUGUAUCCUCUAAGGGGAGCACACACAGUGGUAACUCCCAGAGAGUGGGUCUCAAUGGUCAGGAAACCCAGCAAGAGCACGCUGGUGGAGAUCAAGACCUUGUCAGUCUACGUAGCUCAGUUAGCGGGAUUAGCAACAACAGUAAAGGUGAAAAUCUUGUUACAGGUCAAGGAUCUGAGUCUGCUGUAUCAGGGCCAGUGACUGUUGGGGAGGAUGCAAAGAACAAGCGCAACUUCAUUCGUAGUCUUUCGGUUAUGAAGACUAAGCAUCCUCCAGCACCUCCACGCAGAACAAAUUCUCUCCACAGUAAUAAGAUCAGGAGUAACUCCAGGGUUCUGGUGGAUAGCAAAGAUCUUAAUGACUCUUUGUCUGGAGAGGUGGCAACUGCUACAGAAAAUACUGCAGCAAAGGAUGAGAUUAAGUUGGACACUGGAGAUCCCAGUAAGAUAUCCACCCCUGUAUCAAACUCGCCUGGGUACAGCUCUCCAGAUGUUACCUCCAGUCCUCUGAGCCCCACACAGGCUUCUUCUAAAGAGGCUGGAGGGCCACCAGAACCCCAGUCAGGAUCCAGCAGCUCCUCCCCACAGAAAACUCCUUCAGAAGGUGGGAAAUUUGAACGGACCAUGUCUCCUUCCAGUGGCUACUCCAGCCAGAGUGGAACUCCGACACUUUCUCCAAAAGGUACCUCCCCAACUUCGCCAGAAAAACAGAAGAAGAAACCUGUCAAACCAGAGAGAUCAGUGUCUCGGGCCUCAUCCUCAGCAGCUUCUCCCUCCUCCUCUCUUACUUCCCUGUCAUCUGGUGCAUCUGAACCUGUCAAUCCAGAUGCUUCCACAUGCAGCCCUAGUCUUCAUCCACAGGGAACUUCACCCACUGUUACUGCAAAUGAACUCACACCAAAUAACAAUUAUUCAACUCUGAGAGUAGAUUUCAGAGAGCUGCUGAACAUCCCACCACCUCCCAAAGUCAAAGCACCAUGUCCUCCUCCUCCAGAGACAUGGGUCCACAACAAACGCACCUUUGAGCUCCUGUGUGGGCCCUGCCCCAAUGUCAGCAAAGAAACCCACAAACCUCCACAGAUAAAGGAAAGCACAGCUAAACAAGCAGGAACCCAAACCACAGCUGGAAAGGAGAUAAAAGUUUUAGAUGAAAAACAAACAACUAUAGACAAACCCAUCUUAGAAUUGUCAGAAAGCAAAGAAAAGCGUGAAACAUUUUUGGCAACAGAUCCUGAACAUGCCCAGAAGGAGCCAGAGGACGCAAAAGGUCCAGGAACUGAAACAGAGAGAGUGGAAGCAAGUUCAGAUGUUCAGAGACAAGAGCAGAGUAGUAUUCCUGUAGUGAAGGGCCCCAAGAAUCAAGAGACAACUCCAAAGAAAGAUCCCCCUCCUGUGAUGAAGAAACCGAUGACAAUACCGCACAGAGAGGAACUGGUGUCAACAGAGCAGUCUGCUGAGAGACAGCAAAAGGAAAUGAGUAGCAGUGCUACAAUAGAAGUUCAUUUAGCUGUUGAGAAUCAAACAACCUCUUCACAGAAUGGGGUUGUGGUUUUCGUUGAUAAAAAUGAGAAUGAGAUGGACAGAAGUGAGGCUCCAUCCGUGCAGACACUUUCUCCAGAAGUCCCCAAAGUUAAUAAGGUCUCGCCACCACCUACCCCUCCCCCGGCAUACCCCCCUACACCUCCUCCCUCAAGAAAGACACCUCCCUCGUCAGUAUCUACACCACCUGAUGAAUUACAGAGAGUACAGGAAGAGACCCACUUUGUGGAGUCUUGCUGGCCACCUCCUCCACCUCCUUUGGAAGGGGACUCAGUCUUUGAUGGAGGGGAUGAGGUAGACUUUCCUCCUCCUCCGCCACCUUUUGCACCAGACAGUGUGCCAGAUGUGAUUGACAGUUGUGUCAAACAGCUGGACAUCCUUAAUGAGUGUACCGUGGCUGCACAGGAAGUUGGAGAGACAGUUAAGGACUCAAGUGAUGCUGGGGCAUCUGUACAGGGACAAAAUCCAGAUUUGCCCGUUGCAAUUCUGCAAUCGGUUAUAUAUGACAACAAACCAGGGGUUGUUGCGCAGGUUUCAAAAGCCGACACAGCUGAUGAGAUUUCUUGCAGACCAGUGCAGAAUGUUUCAUCUCUUUCAGAUAGUUCCCCGCCUCCACCACUAGAGGCACCUCCUUUACCACCUAUUACACAAGCAGAGAACCCAGCAUCAGUCUCUGCUUUAGGUCCUUCCAGCUCUUUCCUGAGGCCAGACUCUUUGAAAAUUGGAGAUCAGUCUUCCUCUGGUCUUCCCGUUAGUGUCCAACCUCCAAUUCCAGUUCCAGUAGCUCCUCCUCUGCCAGCAGAGAAUUUAACCCAUGGGGUUACUUUCAGAAGGCAGCCAAGCCUAGCAAACCGAGACACCAGGAGCAAAGAGCUUCUUUCCCGCCACAAAAGUGCACCCAUUCCUAAAGAGGAUGCUAACAUACCUCUGGUCACACCCUCCCUGCUUCAGAUGGUUCGCCUCAGAUCAGUCAACAUGACUGAAGAUCAGUUGAAAGCUCCCACUGAGGACAAUCCAACAAACGAGGGAGCUCCAGUUCAGGAGAAUUGCCCAGUCUCAGUCCCAGGACCACAAAACAUUCCACAAAAGCCCAUCCGCAAGUCUCUGUCUCUAAAAUCCCCACCUCAGACAGUUAAACCAUCCUCUGUGACACUGAACACGCCUUCCAUGCGCUUACAGGAAGCCAUACGUAUGAAAACGGCAGCCAUGUCUUCAAGAGAUGGUCUUCCAUCCAGACUGGGUGUGAGAUCACCCCCUUACAGCUGUGUCAGUGAACCAGGAGCUCUGUCUAUUAAGUCACCUGAAGGAUACGACAUGCACAAGUCCCCAGCCUCCACAGCCAGCUUUAUCUUCUCCAGGAGCACAAAAAAGGUUGUCAUAGAGACUGCAGCUUCCUCCUCCCCCGAAGCUCAGGCAAGUCUGAAGCAAAGCCUGGCGACCGAGCUCAUGAAGGUGUCUGACCAAUCGAGGGCUGCCGCCUUCUCCAAUGGUGGCAUGAAGUUCGACAAAGUUCCUCCACCAGUAGCUAAGAAGCCGCAUGGCAGCAUCAGUCCUUCACAUCAUCAUCCUCCUUGUUCAGGAAGGAUGGAGAACAAUGCUGAAGGGAAUGGACCAACAGGAGGAGCACAGCAUACAAGAGGAAUAACACCUCCUGAGACAACAACUACAAGAGUGACAGCAGACACAAUUGAAACUCUGUUUUGAAAGGGCUUUUCGGUGAUGAACUGAGGACCAGGCUCAUGCCGGAGGAACAAGCAUAGACGACAAGCAAGUAAAAAAUAAAAAGGACAACUCACAGCAAGGACUGACUGACAUUACUGAGAGACGUGGAGCUCAACUAUCUGAGUGUUGUUGUGUGUUAAGUCUUCUCCAAAAGCCUUAGCCUGUUAAUGGCCUUCCUACAUAUUUAUGCAAAAAAAAAGAACAUGUCUCCCAAUUUCUUAUGAUAGCUUUAUUCUGGAGUAUUUUUCUAAGCUAUAGUUUAUCUCUUAUUAAGGCCCCUCAGGAUGAAAUGGUGUUCGUUGGCUUAACUGUAAAUAUUUGGCUUGUGUGAGAUCGCCUCCCAGAGGUUGGAUUAGGUAGUGGUCACUGCAGCUCAGAGUGUGAAGCUGUCUCAGCUGAGCGUUUCUGUACAGCAGUUAGUCUGCUUUUGUUUUUGUUGUAAUAUAAUACCUAAUUUUCAUGGCGAUUUAAGCAGUUGUCAGAAAAGGCUGACAACGGCAUACACUACAGCACAAAUCAGCAUUUUAUCACCUUCUUUGCUUGAAGAUCUGAGUAAAAGAAAAAGUAUGACACUCAUUGUUAGUCCUAGUCCUUUAAACAGAUCUGAAAUAGUAUUUGAGAAAAAAGGGAUGCUGCAUACUCACAAGAAUGAGAGAGAUGUUUUGUCAGUUAGGACAGAGGCACUUUUGUAAAGCUGCAGAUUGAAAAACCACAAGGACUCAACACAGACGAGCAUCUGAUUACAGCAGCUGCUAAAGUGUCAAUUAGAUGCUUCUACACAAUCCGUUUCUUGGAUAUAGUUAAGAGUCAAGCCAACACAUUCUAUGAAAUCUUUUUAGGAAACAGUAACACAAAUAUUUAUUUAUGUGGGAUUGUUUCCACUAGUAGCACUGUCACCUUUUCCUACCAAAUAUGAAAUAUUUAAGAGUCUAUUUCAUCUGAAAACCACUUUUAGGGCUAUGGAUGUGAAGACCAGCCCUGGACGAUUGAUACACUGGAGCAGACUUAGAGU